AAUAAGAAUGGAGAAUUUUACUAGAAAUAAAAGCUAUAUAAAAGAUAAUGAAUAUUAAUGGAGAAUGGAGAUUACAGCUCGAUUGUAAGCUGCGCUUUGGAAGUGGUACUUUACUGUAUCAGUAGAUUUCAGUGAAGAAUCAGUAAGCUUCAUGAGUUUCCCGCUGUUGGCCGGCUCCGCCACUCCACCGCUAUCUGCAACACCGUUACCGGCGGCGACUCCCCAGCCGCCGUCUCUAUCUCAAAGGGUCCACAUCCCAUCACAUAUAUACAAACACCCAACAGCAAUCCUCCUUGAACUCUGCAAUUCCAUGAAAGAGCUUCACCAAAUUCUCCCUCACAUUAUCAAAAACGGUCUCUGUAAUGAACACCUCUUUGAAACAAAAUUAGUUAGCUUAUUCACCAAAUAUGGUAGCCUUAAUGAUGCCACCAAAGUGUUUGAUUUUGCUAAACUCAAAGUUGACCCCAUGUAUCAUACGAUGCUCAAAGGCCAUACCCAUCACUCUACUUUGGAUUCUUCUUUGGCUUUUUACUCUCGUUUGAGAUAUGAUAAUGUAACUCCGGUAAUAUACAAUUUUAGCUAUUUGUUAAAAGCUUGUGCGGAUAAUUCUGAUGUUGUUAAGGGUAAACAGGUACAUGCACAGUUGAUUCUUCAUGGGUUUUCAGAUAGUUUGUUUGCAAUGACUAGUGUUGUGAAUCUCUACGCGAAAUGUGAGAUGGUUGGUGAUGCAUAUAAGAUGUUUGAUAGAAUGCCUGAGAGGGACUUGGUUUGUUGGAAUACGGUUAUUUCAGGAUAUGCACAAAAUGGGAUGUCAAAGAGAGCGUUGGAGUUGGUUUUGAGGAUGCAGGAGGAAGGGUGUAAUAGGCCUGAUUCGGUUACAGUUGUGUCCAUUUUGCCUGCUUGUGCUGCUAUUGGGUCCUUGAAAAUAGGAAAGUCAAUUCAUGGAUAUGUUUUUAGAAAUGGUUUUGAGUCUCUUGUGAAUGUCUCGACUGCUUUGGUCGAUAUGUAUGCUAAAUGUGGGUCAGUGGGUAUUGCCAGGUUGGUUUUUGAUAAGAUGGAUUCUAAGACGGUUGUAUCGUUGAAUGUUAUGAUAGACGGAUAUGCACGGAAUGGAUAUUAUGAUGAAGCUCUUAUCAUCUUUCAGAGAAUGUUGGAUGAAGGAUUCAAACCAACGAAUGUGACUAUUAUGAGCACUUUACAUGCGUGUGCUGAAUCAAGGAAUAUUGAGCUUGGACAAUAUGUUUACAAAUUAGUUAACCAACUAGGUCUUGGUUCUAAUGUUGCAGUUGUUAACUCGUUGAUUUCAAUGUAUUGCAAGUGCCAAAGGGUGGAUAUUGCAGCUGAAUUGUUCGAAAACUUGAAAGAAAGAACACUAGUCUCAUGGAAUGCUAUGAUAUUGGGCUAUGGACAAAAUGGAUGUGUAAUGGAUGCAUUAACUCACUUUUGUAAAAUGCAUAUGCAGAACAUCAAACCUGAUUCAUUUACAAUGGUAAGUGUUGUUACUGCUCUUGCUGAGUUAUCAGUAUUGCGCCAAGCUAAGUGGAUACAUGGAUUUGCUGUAAGAACUUGUUUGAACAGGAAUGUUUUUGUAGCCACUGCACUUGUUGACAUGUAUGCAAAAUGUGGAGCAGUUCACACAGCAAGAAAGCUAUUUGACAUGAUGGAUGAUAGGCAUGUUACAACAUGGAAUGCCAUGAUUGAUGGAUAUGGCACAUAUGGAUUUGGAAAGGAAGCUGUUGAAUUGUUUGAGGAAAUGCGGAAGGGGCAUGUAGAGCCCAACGAUAUAACAUUUCUCUGUGUUAUCUCAGCUUGCAGUCACUCUGGCUUUGUAGAGAAGGGGCGCAAUUAUUUCACAAUCAUGAGAGAAGAAUACAGCUUGGAGCCUUCAAUGGACCAUUACGGGGCAAUGGUUGACCUAAUUGGUCGAGCUGGUCGGCUGAGUGAGGCUUGGAACUUCAUUUCGGAUAUGCCCAUCAGACCAGGACUCAAUGUCUAUGGUGCGAUGUUGGGAGCUUGCAAGAUUCACAAAAAUGUUGAUCUGGGAGAGAAGGCAGCAGACAAGCUAUUUGAGCUAAAUCCCGAUGAUGGUGGAUAUCAUGUGCUUCUUGCUAAUAUGUACGCCACGGCUUCAAUGUGGCAUAAAGUUUCCAAAGUCAGAACUAUGAUGGAGAGAAAAGGUAUUCAAAAGACACCUGGAUGCAGUCUGGUUGAUUUAAGAAACGAGGUCCACACAUUCUACUCAGGAAGCACUAGCCAUCCUCAGUCAGAGAAGAUCUAUGCUUACCUUGAGAAAUUGUUUGAUAGGAUUAAAGCUGCUGGAUACAUAGCUGAUACUGAUUCAAUUCACGAUGUGGAAGAUGUAGUUCAGGAGCAAUUGCUAAAGAGCCACAGUGAGAAGCUUGCUAUUGCAUUUGGACUUUUAAAUACAAGUGCCGGUACAACUAUUCACAUCAGGAAAAAUCUCCGGGUUUGUGGUGACUGCCAUAGUGCAACAAAGUACAUCUCACUUGUCAUGAAACGAGAAAUUAUUGUCCGUGAUAUGCACCGUUUCCACCAUUUUAAGGAUGGAACCUGUUCAUGUGGAGAUUACUGGUGAUCUGAAUUAUUGAUAACUCUAUUAAGUUAUUACCUCAUGUUAAUCAUGUAAAACAUUUUGUAAAUCUGAAAUGAACGAGCCACACGGAUGCACCAUAUCUGGAACAAAGGUGGAAAGUCACGACUGAGGUGGAACUGUUUUCUCUAACUAGUUCAAAGGCACCUUUAGAAAUAUUGAAUUGAGCAAUCAUCAUCAUAUUUGACAACAAUUUGUUCAGAUUGUCAACACUUGCGGCCUACCUGGAAAAACUGACAACGAAAAGUAAUUUACUUGGUUCAAGAAACACCUGAUUAACACAAUAAAACUUUGCACGUUUGGCAACAAGUGGAAUAUCACUUUCCAAUAUUUGGAGGUUUAAAGAGUAAAGAUUCCAGUAAACUUCAAGUAGAAUCUCUUGGUUUUGCUGGACAUCUUGAAGAAUUCAACUGGUACCUCCUCUCUGUGGAAGUGCCGCUUUCCAAUCUAGAAUUUCCCAAAUCAGUGUUGGUACGAAGCAUAGAAGGGAACCCUUAUCACAAGAAAGGUUCAAUGUGGAAGAUUGACAAAUCCAAUUGAUAUUUAGUGCUAUGUCAUAUUGGACUUUUUAGAGAUGCAUCAGUAGAGUAAUUUCGCCUUGUUGUCCAUGCUUAUUUUAACAGAUUGAAUAGUACUAUCGAUAUUUCGAAGCACAAAGUUGAACCGAUAGAGAUUGUGCAUCUAAUUCAGUACAAUUCUAUAUUGUACUACUUUAGAUUAGAGUUCAAUUCA